AUGGAUGACAAUGAUGAAGACAUUUUCUGCACAUCACUUCUUGAUAGAUACGCAUCUCGUCCAAAUGAAUUAGAAAAUAUGUCUUUUGCUGAAUUUGCAGCAACCUACACGACAGACUGUAAAGAAAGCGAUCAUGAAUCCAUUGACGAUAACAGCACAAUCCAGCAAUCUGUCUCAAGUACAAUAAAGUUAAAGAAUGGUCUUGGCAGUAUGAGAAAACGGAAACGGCACUGUGUCAUAAGGUAGGUUGAAAAGAAUAUAGGAAUAGUAAACACAGUUCAAGGAAGAAUACUUAGACUACGAGUUUGUAAAUAUGCAUGCCCAUAGAAUUUACAUUCGAGAUGUCUCAUAUACACUUUAAUGUAUAUAGGUUCCACAAAGAAAAAUCUGAAGAAGAAAAAUACAGAAAUUUAAUUAUGCUGUAUUAUCCAUGGCGAAACGAAGACAUAAAUUUGAAAGCCAAUUUUGAAUCUUUUAAAGAACAUUUCCAACAUAUUCAAGCAAUAAUUCGUUCCAAUGAAGCCAUGUUCAGUCAGAACGCUGAUGAAAAUGCCAGAGCUUAUGACGAUUUAGAAAGAUGGGGGCCGCCAGAGAAUAUUUGGGAUACUGUUGCCCCAAACGCUGAAUAUCAACAAGCACAGCAGCAAGAUCAAGGAACAGUAACAGAGAGAGAAAUUGGACGAGACAAUGAGCCCAAUGAAAACGUCGAUUUAGUUUCAAACUCUACAACUGCAAAUCGCUCUGAACCUCACGAACGUUAUUCAGCCCAACUUGGUAAAACACUGAUGACUGUUCAAGAAUAUAGAGCUAUGAUGCGCUCUUUAAACAAACAGCAACUCCAAGUUCUUAAAAUUCAUCCCAAAUGGUGCAAAGAUACAAUUAUUGCGUUGAAACAUGACUUACCAUCUCCAGUGUAA